AUGCCGCGCAAGAAUAUGUCUAUGGUUCGACGAACAUCAAAUCGAGGUGAUAAACCAACACCCUCUGAACAUACUCCACUUGUUGGGACAGCUCAACCUCCUUCACCUCCUCCAUCGUCGAGCGGUUCCACAAAAUUUCCUUCACCACCUGUAAGUGAUAUACGCGGUAAGCUUUUCGUCUCACGCGAGGACAUGGAUUUUGAUUGGCGACCAAGCGGAAAUGCAGUACUUAAGUUGCUGUUUUCUUUGAGACUUUCUGCAGCCCUAUGGAGCAAUAUAAGCGAUUGCGAUGAGGUUUACAAUUACUGGGAACCGCUACAUCUACUCUUGUUUGGGAAGGGACUUCAAACAUGGGAGUAUUCUCCUGUUUAUGCCAUCAGGUCUUAUUUCUACAUAUACCUUCACUACAUUCCCGCGAAUAUUCUCUAUCAUAUAUUGCCUUAUUCGAAGAUUGCUUUAUUUGUUACGUUACGAUGUUUCAUUGGCAUAUUCACUCUUAUGGCUGAGUUUGCACUCUACAAUGCAGUUUGUAAACGUUUGAGUAUCAGUAUUGGACGGUUUUUUGUAAUUUUCUCAAUGCUAUCUACGGGUAUGUUCAUUUCAAGUACUGCCUUUUUGCCCUCUUCCUUCUCCAUGGCUAUGAACAUGUACGCCAUGGCAGCGUUCUUGAACGAAAAGUGGUUCUACGCAACUUUUUGUACGGCUAUCUCGGCCCUAGUUGGUUGGCCUUUCGCUGCCGUUCUGGGUCUUCCCAUUGUUGUUGAUAUGCUGAUUCUACGACCAAACCCAAAGAUGUUCUUUCAUUAUGCUGCUAUAUCCGGUCUUGUCACUUGUGCUUCUCUUCUAAGCGUUGAUUCUUAUUACUAUGGAAAACGCGUCCUGGCUCCCCUCAAUAUCGUUCUCUACAAUGUGUUCUCGGAGCACGGUCCAGAUCUUUAUGGUGUUGAGCCUUUGUCGUAUUAUCUGAAGAACUUAGUCCUAAAUUGGAAUAUAGCAGCACUAAUGGUUCCUUUUGCUAUUCCUUUAUCGGCUUUGAAUUACGUCUAUUCGUGGAAGCCAUCUGCGGAGCAUAAAAAAUGGGGAAUUCCGAUCCAUCCUUCGUACUGGCGGCACUAUUCCUCCGUUUUCUUACUAUUUGCAUCGCUUUCGGUCUGGUGUAUGAUAUUCUUUAGUCAACCACACAAGGAAGAAAGAUUCCUGUUCCCGAUUUACCCAUUGAUAGCUCUUUUUGCUGCAAUAACUUUGGAUUCUGCGGAGCGUUUGAUAUCGCGGUUUUUCUCCUCUUCUUCUUCGAUACUUUCCUGGUCGAUUGCAUUGUGUUUCAUUCUUGCUUCUUUGUCACGGACUUACGCCCUCCAUAGGAACUUCAGCGCUCAUAUUGAGGUUUAUAAGAGCCUCAAUGAGCACUUCAUAGAUCAUCAAAAUCAUUUGGAUUUUUCGAAACGAGGGGAUCCACUGCGUGUAUGUGUUGGAAAAGAAUGGUACAGAUUCCCUUCAUCAUUCUUCCUUCCCCAGAUGGCUGUUGAUUCGCGAUCACGGAAGCGUGGUGUUCAUCUUCAUUUCUUGAAAAGCGAGUUUUCGGGUCUCCUGCCGAAGUAUUAUCCACAAGGGCGAUUGCCAUUAAUUACACGACGUAUACCCACAGAAAUGAACGAUAUGAACCAAGAAGAGCCGUCCAGAUAUGUUCCGCUCGAUACCUGUGACUAUGUUGUCGACUUGGAGACACCUCGCCAAAUCACCGCAAACGAGCCCAAUUAUGGUGCAAUGCGCGAUACCUUUCAACGUUUAUACUCACAUCCAUUCUUGAUAGCAUCAGAGUCGCAUUGGUUUUACCGUGCCUUCUACAUUCCGCGAGUUUCUGUUAUGAAGACGACAUUCGCAAAUUAUACACUUUAUCAGCGGAUUCCUCCGACUGUUAGGACGUGA